AUGGUGUUCGGAUCUCCCUCGGGUCUGGUGCCCGACUAUAACCCGGCCAGCCGAUACCGGCAGCACGCCAAGGUCUCCACGGACGAGGCGCUGCGCAACAAUGACCCGUACGCGCGAAUGAGCGACAGCUACGGCUCGCACGCCGACCAGAAGGCGUACCCGCGCGGUACCCCGUACAAGAAGAACCCCAACAUCAUCGACGCGUGGGAUCCCGACGAGAAGCCCAAGAGACCCGGCGAGGGCGCGCGCGUCUCCGACGUCUACGGCGCGCACUACAGGGAUCCCAAGUACAAGGUCCCGCGCGGCGGCGUCGCGCUCUCCGCGCACGGCAUCCCUGACCCUCUCGACGACGACGACGAGGCUGAGCGCCUCUCGUCCGCGUCCAGGAACACAGCCGCGCGGACGCUCAAGCCCAAGGCUGGGAAAGGCAUCGCGGGAAUCGACUACCUCGGCGGGCACGAUCAGGAGACGUUCGGGAAGUACUUCACGAACGGCCAGGAGUUCGAGGGGUACUACCAGGGCCUGCACGCGGGCAAGAAGAACGCGUCGCAGUUCACCGGCUCGGGUCUCAACGACAAAAACUGGGUCGAUCCCUACGAGAACUAUCGCGGCGGAGUGCCCCGACUGGAGCAGCGCCCGCUGCCGAAGACGAUGGACAUGGACGACGGCUUGCUGAUGCACAUGGCCCCGCAGAGGCGCGAGCACGCCGCGCCGAAGGUCGGGGAGAAGCGCCAGGAGCUCGAGCGCUUCCGACGGCAGCAGGCCACCCUGCAGGGCGUCAACGACAUGUCCAUUCAGGAUUCCAACAGGCUCGGCGUGGGGAAGAAGGAUCCGCGCGCCAGGCCCGACGAUCAGAGGCUCAUCAAGUCCCUGCUCCCCGAGAAGGAGGGUGGCGAGUACAAGAUCGACCACACGACGCGCGCCAAGACGGAGCACAGCGGCAGAGAUUUCGAGUCGCACUUCUCCGGCGUCACCUUCGCGCCCGAAGCGAAGGACAUUGACGACGGCAUAUUCCAGGAGGGCCGCUUCAAGGAGGAAAUCCGCGACGCCCGCUCGCACAUGGCGUUCAAGGACGGCGUGCUGCAGGCGGAGAAGGGCAACACCGACGACGGUAUCUUCCAGGAGAAGGGCGAGAAGCGCGGGGGUCUCAAGCCCGGCAUGUACGACAGAGAGGGCAGGCGGAUCAAGCCGGGCGAGAGGGGCGCCACCGAGAAGGGUCAGAUUGGCCGCGGGUUCAUCGCCAACGAGAGCGCGACGAACGAGGGCAUCUUCGACAAGAACCACGUCAACAAGUGGGCGGCGAAGCGCGCCCAAUCGUCCCUCAGCGGCGCGGGGAUGAAGCUCGACAACAAGUACACCGACGACGGCAUAUUCGACGAUCGGCACAAGCUGCGCGGCGGCGACGCGGGCAAAUCGCAGAGGUCCGCGAUGGGCCGCGGGAUCGGCGGUCUGAUGGCGGACGAGAGCGCGACGAACGAGGGCAUCUUCGACUCGCGUCACAAGAACCGUUUCGCCGGGCGCGGGCAGGCUGGUAACCUGAGGGUCGGCAAAGGCGGCAUGAUGGCAGAGGGGAACAAAGUCGACGAGGGCAUCUUCCAAUCCGGCCGCAAGAUCCAGGGUGCCGGGCUCGACACCAAGUCCUCCCUCAAGUUCUCCGAGGCUGGGAUCGUCGGCGACGAGACCGGCACCCAGGUGGACAUGUUUCACGGCCCCAAGCAGGGCAAAUCGGAGUACGAGCUCAAGGGCCAAGCGUCGUCCUUCCAGGCGGGUUUCAUGCCCAAGCAAAAGAACGCGAACGACGGCAUCUUCCGAGAGGGCCGCGUCACCAAGUUCGGCGGAAAGGACAACGAGACCGGCCUGGGGCCCGGCCUGGUUCCCACCGCGGAGAGAGCCGCCGACGGCAUCUUCCAGGAGGGCCGCACCAACAAGUUUGCGGGGAAGGACAACGAGACUGGCCUCGGACCCGGCAUGAUACCGCGAAAGGAGUGCGCGAGCGACGGCAUCUUCUCCGAGGAUCGAACGCUCGCGGGUGGAUUCGCGGGCAAGGACACGUACUCGCAGAUCGGGAGCGACUUCAUGGCCAAGGAGGGGACGUACUUGCGCGAGGAUUUCGCAUCCGCGUAUUCCGAGGAGUUUGCCAACAAGGACACCGAGGACCACUUCGAGGCUGGUCUCAUCCCUCAGGUGCAGUGGAAGGGCGGCAGCGAGGCCAAGGCCGCGUUCGAACGUCGAACGCAGCUGAAGGAGUACUACACCAACGCGGCGAAAGCGACGGCGGAGGGGAAGAAGCUCGAUUUUUACAAGCGAAGGGGCGCCAACGACGAGGCUCCCGCGGCGGGUCUCGGAGGAAACAGAUUUUCUCGGGGCGGCAACCAAAUCGCUCGCACCGCGGGCACCGCCCCGUUCGGAACCGGCUAG